CGCUCUUCGAGAUCAUCGGUUUACGCAGGCGGAGGUGUCGAUCCCAGCUGUACUUGGAUACCGGGCUGUACUAUGGCUGACAAGACGCAGAAGAGUGUGAAGAUUGCCCCAGGAGCAGUUGUGUGUGUGGAAAGUGAAAUCCGGGGAGAUGUGACCAUAGGACCCAGGACGGUGAUCCACCCCAAGGCGCGGAUCAUUGCUGAAGCCGGGCCCAUAGUGAUUGGGGAAGGCAACCUGAUAGAAGAGCAGGCCCUCAUCAUAAACGCGUACCCAGAUAACAUAACUCCAGAUACAGAAGAUGUAGAUCCCAAGCCAAUGGUCAUUGGUACCAACAACGUGUUUGAAGUUGGCUGUUAUUCCCAAGCUAUGAAGAUGGGGGACAAUAAUGUCAUUGAAUCAAAAGCCUAUGUAGGUAGAAAUGUCAUACUGACAAGUGGUUGUAUCAUCGGGGCCUGUUGCAACCUAAACACUUUUGAAGUCAUCCCGGAGAACACGGUGAUCUACGGUGCCGACUGCCUCCGUCGGGUGCAGACCGAGCGACCACAGCCCCAGACACUGCAGCUGGAUUUCUUGAUGAAAAUCUUGCCAAAUUACCACCACCUAAAGAAGACUAUGAAAGGAAGCUCAACUCCAGUCAAGAACUGAGACAGUGUGCGUCAUCCAUGUGUCCGUCUUGGACAGCUGCGUCUAGAAGGAACCACAGUCUCUAGACACUCUUAAUGGCUCACAGAAUAAUACCUGUUGACUUCAUUUGGUAGAAUCGAGUCAGAAAAGAAACGAGUGAAUUUUUGUUUUAACUGUUGUCUAUAAUUUAUAUGAAGUGUUUUAUUUUCCUAUAUCUUUGCUGCUUUUCAUAUAAUUUACAUAUUUAGUUAUCUCUUCGCUAUAUAAAAUGUUGACCACAAAUUUUGGUUAUGUGAAAGACUACACCAUGGUAUAAAAAAAAAAAAAGGAGGGGAGGGGGUAGAGGGUAUUUAGCUCUAGCCUAGCUUACACUAAACUGAAUCAAACAUGCUGAGGACAAGACUUGUGGGAGAAUAGUUUUGCUACUCAUUACUAUAACCAAAAAUUGCUGUCUUCAUUUGCAAUGUGUACUGACUAUUAAAACCACCGUGUUUA